UCUCCAGAGCAAAAGGGGAGAAAUGGAUGAAGAAAAUGUAUCCAGCAGCGACGAUCAGCCACUGAGUUUGCAGAAAGCCCUGCAGCAGUGCGAGUUGGUCCAAAACAUGAUAGACAUCAGCAUCUCCAACCUAGAGGGGCUCAGGACCAAGUGUGCCACUUCCAACGACUUGACACAGAAGGAAAUCAGGACAUUGGAGAGCAAACUGGUGAAGUACUUCAGCCGUCAGCUGUCCUGUAAGAAGAAAGUGGCCCUUCAGGAGCGAAAUGCCGAACUUGAAGGAUUUCCUCAGCUCACGCAUUGGUUCAGAAUCGUGGACAUUCGUAAAGAGGUGAUGGAGGUAAUUGAUCCUGGGCAGCUCUCACUGGAAGACCUGUUAGACAUGACUGAUGAACUGGUUUGCGAAACACUGGGGAAGUUUGGUGCUAGCAGCGAAGAAUGUGAUCGGUUAAAUGCCUCCCUUUCUUGUCUACGCAGUGUUUACAAAUCAGGAAGCAGCCUGUCUAAGCAAGACUGGGCCAUUCAGUGGCCAGCUACAGAGACGGGGAAAGAAAAUAGUCCUGUCACCCAGCAAGAGACAGCCCAGUGGAUUCGAACGCACCUUUCGCAGAGUCCCAAACUACAGUCCAAAUGCAUCCAGCACUACUGCCAUUUGCCUGUAGCUUAUGGAUCUAUGUACACUAAUGUAGACAGGUUGACUGUUGAAGCAUAUUCAGGCUCUUGCCAGUCAUCAGAGACUGGGCAUCGUUCAUUACCACCAUCACCCCGCCAACGCCAUACAGCACACACCAACCCACCACGGACACCUAACAUAGUCACUACUAUGACCCCUCCUGGCACCCCCCCUGUACGGCGGAGGAACAAGUUGAAACCACCUGGCACCCCUCCACCUUCAUCACGGAAACUCAUUCACCUUAUACCAGGAUUCACCUCGCUGCAUCGAAGCAAGUCUCAUGAGUUCCAAGUUGGACAUCGUGUGGAUGAGUCUCAUACCCCCAAGACAAAGAAAAAGAACAAGCCUCUGAACCUCAAGAUUCACAACAGCGUGGGCAGCUGUGAGAAUAUCCCAUCUCAGCGCUCACCUCUUCUGUCCGAACGUUCCCUACGUUCUUUCUUUGUGGGCUACCCGUCUUUCCUCCCUUCUACUCCCCCUGUUCAUAAUGAACCUUCUUCUGCAAACACACUAUCAGUGCCUCGCUGGUCUCCACAGAUUCCACGAAGAGAUCUGGGAAACUCCAUCAAACACAGGUUUUCUACCAAGUACUGGAUGUCUCAGACCUGUACUGUCUGUGGAAAAGGGAUGCUGUUUGGACUGAAAUGUAAAAACUGCAAGUUAAAGUGCCACAAUAAAUGCACCAAAGAGGCUCCUCCAUGUCAUUUACUAAUUAUACACCGAGGAGGUAAGUCGCGGCUAGUUAGGACCGAAUCUGUACCAUGUGACAUCAACAAUCCUUUGAGAAAACCUCCACGGUAUUCAGACCUUCAUGUCAGCCAAACCCUUCCCAAAACCAACAAAAUAAAUAAGGACCACAUUCCAGUGCCCUACCAGCCAGAUUCCAGCAGCAACCCUUCCUCUACGACAUCCUCCACACCGUCCUCACCUGCUCCUCCGCUUCCCCCCAGCGCUACCCCACCCUCUCCUCUUCACCCAUCCCCACAAUGCACCCGCCAGCAGAAGCCGUUCAACUUACCAGGUUCUCAUUACUACAAGUAUAAACAGCAGUUCAUAUUUCCAGAUGUUGUGCCUGAAGUCCCUCCCCGAGCACCCCAAGUAAUCCUUCAUCCAGUGUCUAAUCCAGGUAAUGAAGGAAAUCCAUUACUUCAAAUUGAAGUGGAACCAACAUCUGAGAAUGAAGAAAGCAAUGAGAAAGCAGAAGAGUCGGAAGAUGACUUUGAGGAAAUGAACCACUUGUUGCUAUCAGCCAGAAACUUCCCCCGUAAAGCCAGUCAAACCAGCAUAUUCUUGCAAGAAUGGGACAUCCCAUUUGAACAGCUGGAAAUUGGGGAGAUGAUUGGCAAAGGACGCUUUGGGUUAGUGUACCAUGGACGCUGGCACGGAGAGAUAGCAAUUAGACUUAUUGACAUUGAACGGGAUAAUGAGGACCAGCUAAAAGCAUUUAAACGGGAAGUGAUGGCUUACCGACAGACGCGACAUGAGAAUGUGGUACUCUUCAUGGGAGCCUGCAUGAGCCCUCCUCACCUAGCAAUUAUCACCAGCCUGUGCAAGGGAAGAACAUUAUACUCAGUGGUUCGAGAUGUAAAAAUUGUUUUAGAUGUCAACAAGACCAGACAGAUCGCACAAGAAAUUGUGAAGGGAAUGGGAUAUCUUCACGCUAAGGGCAUUCUACAUAGGGACCUCAAAUCAAAAAAUGUUUUCUAUGACAAUGGAAAAGUGGUAAUCACAGAUUUUGGCCUCUUCAGUAUAUCUGGUGUGCUACAAGCUGGCAGGAGAGAAGACAAGCUUCGGAUCCAAAAUGGUUGGCUUUGUCAUUUGGCUCCAGAAAUAAUACGGCAGUUGUCUCCUGACACAGAGGAGGAUAAGCUUCCAUUUUCAAAGAACUCAGAUGUAUUUGCACUUGGAACUAUUUGGUACGAGUUACAUGCCAGAGAAUGGCCAUUUAAAAGCCAGCCAGCAGAAGCGAUUAUAUGGCAAGUAGGAGCAGGCUUGAAGCCAAAUCUUAGCCAAAUCGGAAUGGGAAAGGAAAUAUCGGACAUUCUACUUUUCUGCUGGGCCUAUGAGCAAGAGGAAAGACCAACUUUUACCAAAUUGAUGGAGAUGCUGGAAAAACUGCCAAAGCGGAACAGACGCCUCUCUCAUCCAGGCCACUUUUGGAAAUCUGCUGAGUGA